UUUUUUUCUGUCUUUUAAUGGAAGGGAGGGGAUUUGGCAUCCCCGGAAGGGGCUCUGUGCACAGCUGCUCCCGCGGCCCCGUUUCCCCGUUUCCCCGGACCGCGCUCUUUCUUUGCUACCCCUCGAGGUGCCCCGGCCCGCGCGCCACAUUGUUCUGGAUCUCGGGCUGGGCGCCUGUGCCCCUCCCUGCAUCCUGGACCUGCCUUCCCUUCCUUCUCUGGCUCCAGGCCAGGGUUUGGGGGAUUCCCUCUCUGCAACUUUGCGUUUUAUUGGGAUUUGUUUUUCUCCCAGGCAGAGACUGUGGGAGUCCUCUUGUGGCCUUGUUUUAAUUGGGGAGUUGGAGCGGCAGUUUUCCUUUGGGUUUGAGGUUAGAGUGCUGGGUUGGUGGGGGGUGGCCAGCCUCCAAAACCUGGGUUUGCACUUUGAGAAGUGCCAUGGUGCUACGGUGCCACAGCCAUCGGCCUGAGUCGAGGAGCGGUGAGGGCGGGCCCCCUCGGGCUGCUUUGCAAAGCCGUGAUCAUCAGCCUGGCGUCUAAUGCUGCCCUGCCCUCUGCUUUGCAGACAUAACAGUUGGGAGCCGGAGGAGAACAUCCUGGACCCAAGGCUGCUCCUGGCCUUCCAGAAGAAGGAACAUGAGAAGGAGGUGCAGAACCGGAAGAGAGGCAAGAGGCCGAGAGGCCGGCCAAGGAAGCUCACUGCCAUGUCCUCCUGCAGCCGACGCUCCAAGCUCAAGGAACCUGAUGCUCCCUCCAAAUCCAAGUCCAGCAGUUCCUCCUCUUCCUCUACGUCGUCAUCCUCUUCCUCGGAUGAAGAGGAUGACAGUGAUUUAGAUGCCAAGAGGGGUCCCCGGGGCCGCGACACCCACCCAGUGCCUCAGAAGAAGGCCCAGAUCCUGGUGGCCAAACCCGAGCUGAAGGAUCCCAUCCGGAAGAAGCGGGGACGAAAGCCCCUGCCCCCAGAGCAGAAGGCAACCCGAAGACCCGUGAGCCUGGCCAAGGUGCUGAAGACCGCCCGGAAGGAUCUGGGGGCCCCAGCCAGCAAGCUACCCCCUCCACUCAGCGCCCCCGUGGCAGGCCUGGCAGCUCUGAAGGCCCAUGCCAAGGAGGCCUGUGGUAGCCCCAGUGCCAUGGCCACCCCAGAGAACCUGGCCAGCCUGAUGAAGGGCAUGGCCAGUAGCCCCGGCCGGGGUGGCAUCAGUUGGCAGAGCUCCAUCGUGCAUUACAUGAACCGCAUGACCCAAAGCCAGGCCGCCAGCAGGUUGGCGCUGAAGGCCCAGGCCACCACCAAGUGCGGCCUUGGGCUGGACCUGAAGGUGAGGACGCAGAAAGGGGAGCUGGGAAUGAGUCCUCCAGGAAGCAAAAUCCCGAAGGCCCCCAGCAGUGGGGCUGUGGAGCAGAAAGUAGGGAGCACAGGGGGUCCCACACACACCCAUGGUGCCAGCAGGGUACCUGCUGGGUGCCCAGGCCCUCAGUCAGCACCCACCCAGGAGCUGAGCCUCCAGGUCUUGGACUUGCAAAGUGUCAAGAAUGGCAUGCCUGGGGUGGGUCUGCUUGCCCGCCAUGCCACCGCCACCAAGGGUGUCCCAGCUACCAACCCAGUCCCUGGGAAGGGCACUGGGAGUGGCCUCAUUGGGGGCAGCGGGGCUGCCAUGCCCACUGACACAAGCAAAAGUGAGAAGCUGGCCUCCAGAGCAGUGGCGCCGCCCACCCCUGCCAGCAAGAGGGACUAUGUCAAGGGCAGUGCUACCCCCAGUGGGCAGGAGAGCCGCACAGCCCCUGGAGAAGCCCGCAAGGCAGCCACACUGCCGGAGAUGAGCGCAGGCGAGGAGAGCAGCAGCUCGGACUCUGACCCGGACUCCGCCUCGCCGCCCAGCACUGGUCAGAACCCGUCAGUGUCCGUUCAGACCAGCCAGGACUGGAAGCCCACCCGCAGCCUCAUCGAGCAUGUCUUUGUCACUGACGUCACUGCCAACCUCAUCACCGUCACAGUGAAGGAGUCUCCCACCAGCGUGGGCUUCUUCAACCUGAGGCAUUACUGAAUCCCCCGCACCACCAGCUGCCUGGUCUUCCUCCCCUUCGCUGCCUGUGGUUUUGCUUGGCUGACUGACUCCCAGCCCAAGCACCCUCAAGAGUCGGUCGGGGAGGAGGAGCGGGUGGUCUCCUUGAUGGGCAGACUUGGAAGGGGCUUCUCCACUCAUCCUGCCCUGUCCCGCGAGGUAGGGCAGGGGGUCUCGCUGCCUUGUUGGUCUCCACCAUGUUCCUACCUCUGCAGGCCUCUUCGCUCUCGCCUCUUGCCUCAGGAAACACAGUGGCACCUGUGGCUCAAGGUGACUGUCUUGAACAGAGCAGGCUGCUUCGUGGCUGCGUUUGAACUGCUCCUCACUGGCCUGUGUGAUGGCAUCACUGCUUUGCUCCCUGUCUUGCAGGGGCUGAGGUGUCAGCUGGGGCAUCUGGUGUGUCUCGCUUUCAGCCCUGGGGUGGGCAGAGAGUACUGGGGGGAGGCAAGGCCAGUGGGACUAGUGUUCCCUCCACCUGGUGGCAGCUUUUGGGAGAUGGGAUGAGCAGGGGCGGGCCUGGCUAGCAUUGCUUGAACCCGCAGUGGUGAGGUGGGGAGCUUGCCCCUGACAGCUGGGGGCUGGCUGGGGCCUUACUGUGUAAGGACAGUGGCAGCUAGAGUAGAGCAAGUCCAGGAGCCCUAAAAGGCUGGCUUUGUGGCCUUGUAGCCCCAAUUCAGGGUGGCAUCCACAGCCCCCAAACAGCCUACGAGCCAGCAUGGGUGGGGAGGGGGUGGUCCCACAGCUAGGUUCCACCCGAAGAGCCUCCACGCCUCGGAGCAGGAGAGGCAGGCUGUGGCUGCCGCCCUCAUUCCUGCCCGUGUCCCAAUGAGAAGUGACCUGAGUCCCCUUCCAAACCCAGACCCACCCCCUGCCCCAGGCCCACUGAAGCAUGUUCCAUUUCCAGAAAGCACAGAGUUCAGUGUCCCAAGGAAAACCCAAAGUGGAGGUGCUCAGGUCCAGGGGAGUCCAGUGGGCAGGACCCUUGGCAAGCAAGCCCCUCCCUCCACUCCCAGCAUCUCCCUUUUGCUAAUAAAGGACUGGCUUCGUGCUAAUGGCCCACAGACUGCCCUGGAGACCUGGAGGACAGGAGUGCUGGCACUUGUGAGUCGAUGGGCCCGUCUGGCGGCUCUGCCUGUGCUGCAGGUGUGUGCUGUGGGUCC